ACUUACUAACCCUUCCUCACUACUAUAAGUACUCGCUCAAAUCAACUCUCCUCUCAAUCUCACUUCUCCCAUUACUGAACAAACUACCCUUUCUCUUGAUUUAUUUCUUUCCUUUUGUACAAAAAUGGCAGCAAACAAAACUUCCUCUCCUUCUGAAGUUUGCCAAACGGUGUCCCAUUGGCAGAAGGCUGCGGAGUCACUCCAAAGCUCCCAUUUUGAUGAGGUUUAUGAAAUGGCAUCGCAGUUUGCCAAUGCUCAAACUGUUGACAUCCAAGGCACUUCCUUGACGGUUGCUGAGGUCACUGCCGUUGCUCGCCGGAGUAAUGUAAGCGUUCAACUCAAUGAGACGGUGGCCGGUGACCGUGUAAGGCAAAGCGCUGACUGGGUUUCUUUCAAUAUCUCGCAUGGAAUUGACAUUUAUGGCGUUACUACAGGAUUUGGUGCUACUUCUCAUAGGCGCACUACUAAAACUGCUGACCUUCAAACCGAGCUUAUUAGGUUCUUGAAUGCCGGCGUCAUUGGCAAAGAAAAUCUUCCGUUAAGUUAUUCCAAGGCGGCUAUGCUUGUCCGGACAAACACUCUAAUGCAAGGAUAUUCUGGUAUUCGUUGGGAGAUUCUUGAAUCUAUUUCUAAGCUUAUGAAUCUAAAUUUAAUUCCUAAGCUGCCCUUAAGAGGUACUAUCACUGCUUCUGGUGAUCUUGUGCCAUUGUCUUACAUAGCUGGAUUGUUAACUGGCCGCCAUAAUUCCAAGGUGGUGACUGUACAAGGCGAAGAGAUUACAGGCCUAGAAGCUCUGAAAAGAGCUGGAAUUGAAGCUCCUUUUGAGCUACAGGCAAAAGAAGGGUUAGCUCUUGUUAAUGGAACUGCAGUUGGGUCGGCUGUAGCGGCAACUGUUUGUUUUGAUGCAAACAUUUUGGCUUUUCUUGCAGAGAUCCUUUCUGCUUUGUUCUGUGAAGUCAUGCAUGGUAAGCCAGAAUAUACAGAUCCCCUCACUCAUCAACUUAAGCAUCAUCCGGGCCAAAUUGAAGCUGCUGCCAUAAUGAAACAUUUGUUAGAUGAAAGUGAUUACAUGAAAGAAGCCAAAAUUCGGAACGAGAAAGACCCACUUACAAAGCCUAAACAAGACAGAUAUGCAGUAAGAACCUCUCCUCAAUGGCUUGGUCCUCAAAUUGAAGUUAUUCGAGCAGCAACUCAUUCUAUUGAAAGAGAGAUUAAUUCUGUCAAUGAUAAUCCAAUAAUUGACGUUUCUCGUGAUCUUGCACUUCAUGGAGGAAAUUUCCAAGGAACUCCUAUAGGAGUUUCUAUGGAUAAUCUCAGGAUUGCAAUUGCAGCUAUAGGAAAGCUUAUGUUUGCUCAAUUCUCUGAACUUGUUUGUGAUUAUUACAAUAAUGGAUUGCCUUCAAAUUUAAGUGGAGGGCCUAAUCCAAGCUUGGAUUAUGGGUUGAAAGGUGCUGAAAUAGCUAUGGCUUCAUAUUGCUCAGAACUUCAAUUCUUGGCUAAUCCUGUAACUUCUCAUGUUCAAAGUGCUGAGCAGCAUAAUCAAGAUGUUAACUCUCUUGGUUUGAUUUCAGCAAGAAAGAGUGCUGAAGCCAUUGAAAUCUUGAAGCUUAUGUCUGCAACUUUUAUGGUUGCACUUUGUCAGGCAAUUGAUUUAAGGCAUUUGGAGGAGAAUAUGAGGGAGGUCAUCAAACAGGUUGUUCGUCAAGUAAUCAGGAAAACUCUUUACAUUUCUGAAGAUGGAUCGCUUCUUGAAUCGCGCUUUUGCGAGAAAGAAAUCUUACAGGUUGUUGAACAUCAACCUGUAUUUUCCUAUCUCGAUGACCCAACCAAUCCUUCUUAUCCAUUUUUGGCUAAACUUCAAGAAGUGCUUGUUCAAAAAGCGCUCAAAGAUCCUAAAUCUGGAAAUUCGGAUCAAAAUGGAUACACAAUUUUUAAGAGGAUACCUGUUUUUAUGGAGGAAUUGAGGGCAAGACUAGAAGAAGAUGUGCCAAAAGCAAGAGAAAGAUUUGAUGGUGGAGAAUUUGGCGUAGAAAACAGGAUCAAGAAAUGCAGGACUUAUCCUAUAUACAAGUUUGUGAGAAGCGAAGUGGGAACUGAGCUGCUUAGUGGAGCAAAGAAGGUGAGUCCAGGAGAGGACAUAGAGAAAGUUCACGAGGCUAUUAAUGAAGGGAAAUUAGGUGAGGUUUUGAUGAAGUGCUUGAAAGAUUGGAAGGAGACAACAUCUCUAACAUUUUGAUGUUAUGUAUUUGGAAUGUUUAUGUAAUAAUAGGAAGUCUAGCAUAUUGUUCUACCUAAUUAUCUUAAAUUUUGAGAGAUCAAAUUAUUUCCCUGUAAUAAAAGAGAAAAAAAAAAUGCUCUCAAUUUACACUGUAACUACCUGUGCACGAAUGGAUAUGCAUGUUUUACAAGUGAAAACCUUAAUUUAAAGGGUCAACUAUUUUGAGCUA